CAGACACACAGCUUUCUUCAGCCAACGCAGGUACCAUGAACACGAAGACCUUCCUCGCCGUUGCCGCCGCCGCCUUCGUGGGCUCCGCCGUCGCCGAGACGUGCUCGUCGACCGACCAGACCAGCGCGUACUCGUCGCUGGCGAGCGUGCUGACGCUGAGCUCGUUCCAGGGCUGCGCGGACGAGUCUGGCUUCAGCCUGCUGUACUCGACGUCGCUGCCGGACGACGCGCAGUACGAGAAGAUGUGCGCGUCGGACAACUGCAAGUCGCUGAUCGAGUCGGUGGCUGCCUUGAACCCGCCUGACUGCGACCUGACGGUGCCGACGAGCGGGCUGGUGCUCAACGUGGUGGACCUGACGAGCGGCUUCUCGACCAAGUGCUCGUCGCUGUCCUCUACGUCGACGUCGACGACCUCGACUGCCUCGAGCGCCGCUACGGCCACGACGACGGAGGCUCCGGCCGCCACGACGGCUGCCCCCGCCACGACGGCUGCCCCCGCCACGGAGAGCGCCACGACGGAGAGCGCCACGGUGUCCGCUGCGACGGAGGCCCCCGCCGCCACCCCGGCCGCUACCACGCCCACGACGGAGGCGUCGAACUCGACGACGUCAGUGACCCAGACUGCCACGGCCUGCUAAGUUGUUGCGACCAAGAGCUUCGUUUUCAGUAUAAGGACGAUGCAGAUUUGGUAUUGGUGAAUAGCAUCUCAUUAUUGCGUU